AUGGCACCCAAGGAAGCAGCCGAAGCUGGGAAGAGGAAGAAAGAGAUGAUUCUGCUCAAGGUCAAGAAAGAAAUCAUUAGGAAGCAUGAAGGAAGAAUGCGAUUGACUGACCUCGCCAAAGAGUAUGGAAGGAGUGCAUCCACGAUCGCUACCAUUUUAAAUAUGAAAGAGAAGAUAACUGUGAGAGAUGCAGCCAAGGGAGUCACCAGGGUCUCCAAGCAACGGCCACCUGUUCUGGAAUAGGUUGAAAAGUUGCUCCUGCUCUGGAUUGAAGAGAAGCAGCAUGCAGGGGACACAGUGUCCAAGGCGAUCAUCUGCAAAAAUGCCAAGGCCUUGCAUGCUGACCUCCUCGACCAACAGCCAGAAAUGUUGCUUGGAGACCCUGGUGACUCCCUUGGCUGCAUCUCUCACAGUUAUCUUCUCUUUCAUAUUUAAAAUGGUAGCGAUCGUGGAUGCACUCCUUCCAUACUCUUUGGCGAGGUCAGUCAAUCUCAUUCUUCCUGAUGAUUUCUUUCUUGACCUUGAGCAGAAUCAUCUCUUUCUUCCUCUUCCCAGCUUCGGCUGCUUCCUUGGGUGCCAUGACACCAGAAACGUUAGCUGAUGCAGAAGGCUUCAAUGCGAGCAGGGGGUGGUUCGAGACCAGAUCUGGCAUCCACAUCGUGGUCAGGCAUGGAAAGGCUGUGAGUUUCAAUGUUGCUGGAGCUGAGAAAUUUGCUACUGAGUUCCUGGAGGUCAUAGUUUCAGAGGGCUACCUUACUCAGCAGGUCUUCAACUGCGACAAGACUGGGCUCUUCUGGAAGAGGAUGCCAAAGCGUACCUUCGUCACGGAAGAGGAGACCUCAUUAUUGCCUGGCCACAAACCGUUGAAGGACCGUCUCACCCUUAUGUUCUGUGCCAAUGCCAGUGGGACAUUUAAGGUCAAGCCUCUGCUCGUCUACUCUUCAGAGAACCUACGGGCCUUCAAGAAACACAAGGUGAACAAGGAGCAGUUGAGCGUUUUGUGGUGGUCCAAUCCAAACCCUUGGAUCACACGCCUCUUGUUUGUGCACUGGGUCAAUAUGGUUUUUGGUCCUGCUGUCAAGCACUACCUUGUGGACAAUAACCUGCCGCUCAAGGCUGCAAGGCUGUGCUGCUUAUGGACAAUGCUCCGGCUCAUCCUUCAGGACUUGAGGAAGACUUGCUGGAGGACUUUAACUUCAUCACAGUCAUGUUCCUUCUGCCUAACACCACCCACUACUCCAGUUAAUGGACCAGAAGGUCAUCUCCAAUUUCAAACAACUCUACACAAGGGAGCUUUUCCAGUGAUGCUUUGA